AUGGAGACAGAAUUCUCACCAUACGGCACACUGUCGGAAUUCUCGUGGCCAUCAGCGGUUACCAGCUUGGAAGUCGAACGAGCCACAUCCGAUGCCUCCGCAAUCACGCUGCCCAUCGGGUCGAGACGUCAAACCCUUGACGACAGGUCGUUAAAGACAGUAGAUAUGGCUGGACGGAUAUUGAACUAUUGGCGGCCAAAGAAUGAAGAAGGUAGCGAAACAUUGUCACCGUUUCCAAAUGUGGUUCAUGAGCCACCAGAAAAGCAAGAUCACGAUUCUGUAUCCAGCGCGGAGACUGAGCCUUUCGAUGUGAUCAAUGAAAGGAAGAAGAAAGAAGCUGAAGAUGCAGCCAAAAGUCCAAUUAAAAAACUCACCGAAUACCUUGUUGACAAAAAAUCACCUGAUGGUGGCUUGAAUAUGAGGACGCAUUAUCCAGCUCUGAAUUUAGAUGCCCUCCCCUCUAGGAAAUACAAGGCAGAUCCAUAUGACAAUGGAAUUGAUGCGACCUUGAAUAUAGAUGCACUCCCUUCUCAUUCCAAAACAUUGGAGGUGGCGAAUCAGUCUGAUGAUACUACGAGCGAAUUCUCAGCCUUUAAUUUUGCAGAGAUCUCCUCUGCAGGUCCUGGAAGCCCAAAUUCAAGCUAUAGUGGAUCCAAGAGUGAUCCAGGGACGCCCGAUUCUGAAUUCCAAAGAAAGCUGAAUCAUCGAAGACGUUUGCAAAGAAUACGAGUACUUGCUGCAUUGCAGGAUGACGGAAGUGACGCUUCUUUUCAUUCCACAGGAACACCAACCAAGUUACGGGAACGUAGAGAUCGAAAGCAAAGGGAUGAGCAAAGAAAGAAGUCCUUUGGCUUCGAAGAUCCGCUGAUGAAGACACGUGAACCGCUUGUGGGUUUGCCCGAGGAAGAAGUGGUUCGCGACACGACACCAGGACUCAGUCUUGCAGAGGAUGAGUACUCCCUGUUCAGUUUUGAACAGGCCAAUGAAACGCAAAGCCCUGAGGUUAUAGUACCCACAGCACCGAGUCAUGGAGCGAUAAAGCCUGGCCCUAGUCUUUGUCCUAGCGUUGGCCCGAGCGUCACAAGCGUACAAACUCCAACGAUCCAUGAAGACAGAGAACUUCAUAAUCUGCCAGAGAACAUGAAUCGAAUAAAAUAUGAAAAGAUCGUUGGAGAUGAAGCGGUGUUUUCCUCUGCAAGUACUAGGCACGAAAACGAUACCGCGAGUGUGAGGAUGGAUUAUGGAAAGAAGACAUACGCUAGUGAAGUACAAGGGGCGAUAAAGGAUGUCCUUUUCCUUGGGAAUGAAGCUGAAAACCGACCGGGACGAAAAAAGAAAAGUGAUAGGAGGAAAAAGAAAGGAAAAGCCUACUUGAAAAGCCAGAAAAGUCCGACCAGAAAGGGGGCUCAUCGAAGCCUUCCAGGCAAAGAGGUAGAAGCCCGGAAAGGCGACAUUUGCCAGGAUUUGGCAUUCACAUUUAGAUUUUCGCCAUCUAGUGACGAGGAUGAUAAUGGAACCAAAAAUACGGAAGAAACACGAUCAAUGGUUACAAAAUCGCCUGUUUCAUUUCGAGACCCAUUGGAACUAGCAACAUACAACAGCUCGACUCCACCCGAAAGACAAGAAUUCGGAAACAAUCAUAAAUCUGCAGCCUAUAUUAACCAGCUACAGAGAAGACAACAAGGGGCUCCAAAUCCAGAUAUUUUUGAAGGCUUUCCUUUUCCCGUUUCAUCUCUCAAUUCCGAUCAAGACUUUGUGUUACUUGCACUUUUCGCGGCUCAGGCCGUACACGAAUUGCAGGGUGUUCGAUUUGAUGACUCUUAUCCGCUGGACAUGUACGAAGACUUGAAGAUCAGCGUCGUUGAAUUGAAGUUGCCUUUAGGAUUGAUUCUCAUGGAGAAUGCGGGAGGAUGUUUCGUCAACAAAAUCGCUGCAGAUGGCAGUGCCACUCGCAGUGGUGGUGUAGAGGUGGGCGAUCAACUUGCCGCAAUCAACGGCCAAAAAUGCCUCAAGAUUAGGGUUGAAGAUAUCUACAAGAUUGUUUUGACGGCUCCAGAAGCUGCUGCACUGCAGUUUGCCUUCAUUCGAUAUAUUGGGCCCUUCCGACCGGAGACACAGAUCAUCGAAGAUGAUAACUCUGUAAUUGACAAUAGUAGACCACGGCAGACGAUGAGGGUUGUAAAGGAUGUGUCACAGAAGCAGACAGCUGACGGAAAGAAGCUAAGAAAAUGGUUCCGAAAGCUAAAGGGGAAAAAUGCUAAAUAG